CUUUUUUCUUCUUCUUUUUUUUUUUGCUGUUCUAAACAAUGUCUUUACACUUUAAGAAGAAACACCCUCAACAAACUAAUUCAUCAGCUAAUUCGUCUCAAGUGUUUGAAGAUGAUCAAUAUGCCAAAGUAGUCGAUGGCAUCAAGAAAAUUUAUAGACAAAAGAUAAAACCUCUCGAAGUAACUUACAACUUUGAAGGUUUCCAUUCUGCUCCUUUGACCGAUUCUGAUAUUGAAGCUAAACCUAUUGUGCUCUUGAUUGGACAGUACUCUACUGGUAAAACUACCUUCAUUCGUUACUUGCUUGAUAAGGCAUACCCUGGUGAACAUAUCGGUGUUGAACCUACAACCGAUCGAUUUGUAGCCGUCAUGCACGGUACAGAGGAACGAGUGAUCCCUGGUAAUGCAGCUGCUGUCAAUCAGGAAUUACCCUUUAGAGGUCUCAAUCGAUUUGGACAAGCAUUUCUUUCAAGAUUUCAAGUAUCCCAAACCAAUUCACCCGUGUUAGAAAAUAUGACCAUCAUCGACUCUCCUGGUAUUCUUGCUGGUGAUAAGCAGUUAACCGAGCGAGGAUAUGAUUUUACUCAGGUCAUCGAAUGGUUUGCUGAGCGUGCUGAUUUGAUCUUGCUCAUGUUUGACUCUCAUAAGCUUGAUAUCUCUAAUGAAUUCAAGAUGGCUAUUCACAGUUUAAGAGGCCAAGAGGAAAAAGUAAGAGUAGUGCUUAAUAAGAGUGAUAUGGUAAGCCAACAGCAAUUGAUGAGAGUUUACGGUGCCAUGAUGUGGUCUUUAGGUAAGGUAGUUCAGACUCCCGAAGUCAUGAGGGUCUACCUUUCCUCGUUCUGGACGGAGAAGCCUCCGAAUUGCUUUGAGGAUUGUCGUGAACUGAUCGAAGCAGAAUCAAAGGACUUGCUUCGUGAUCUCAAGGAACUACGACGUCAUGCGGCUAUUCGAAAGAUUAACGAAAUUGUAAAACGUGCUCGCUUAGCUCGUGUUCAUGCAUUGAUUAUCAGCCAUCUCAAAAAGGAAAUGCCAUCAAUGUUUGGUAAAAAGAAAAAGCAAGAGGCAUUGUUGAAUAACCUGCCUGCUGAGUUUCUCAAGAUUCAGCAAAAACAUCAUCUUCCUGCAGGUGAUUUCCCUAAUCCAGAGCGUUUCAAACAAAAUUUGGCUCAUUACGAUAUGGACAAGUUCAAGUCACUUAAAGAAGACUUGAUUGAACGUGUGGAUGAGGCACUUUCCACUGAUCUUCCUCAUUUAAUGUCUCAAUUCCCAACAGCAAAUCCUGAACUCGGUCAAAAUGAAAGAAAUCCCUUUCAAGAGUCAGCAAUGCCUCGUCCAGGCGAAAUUCCACCUUCUUACUGGCAUUUUGAUUCAAUUGAUAAGAAUUCGUAUGCACCUUCAUUCUUUCAAUUAGGCCCUCGUGAUGGCAAGGCUUCCGGUACAGAGAUCAAGCCAGUAUUGAUGCAAAGCGGUUUGCCUACUGACCAAUUGGCCCACAUUUGGAGACUUGCAGAUUUUGAUAAUGAUGGCUAUAUGGAUCUAGAUGAAUUUUCGAUUGCUAUGCAUUUGAUCAAGGCGGUACAAAAUGGAGCACAACUACCGGAGAAGCUUCCUGCUACUUUGUUGCCAAACAGGAAGUUUUAA